GAUCGCUAUCAAUUAGCGCAAGUAAACAGGUUUCUUCCGCUGUCUUAUUAAUAGUUUUACUUAACAGAAAGAAAAUUAAAUUUUAUUUGUACUAAAAUAUGGCUGCAGUACAACAAUUAUACAGGUUUUCUGGGUUAAACGGCUUGGCUCGCAAAAUGUCAACAAAUUCGAAGCCUAUUCUAUACUCUAAUUGGUCUAGUUCGUGUUCUUGGAGAGUGCGUGUUGCACUGGCAAUAAAGGGUAUAGAUUACGAAAUUAAGCCCACUUCUUUACUCAAGACAGUCAACGAUAAUGCCUAUACAGAAGAGUAUAGGAAAGUAAAUCCCUUGCAAAAGGUUCCGGCUUUAAAGAUUGAUGGGCACACACUGUGCGAUUCGGUGGCAAUAAUGCACUAUCUGGAGGAAACUCGUCCUCAGCCGGCUCUUCUACCCCAAGAUCCGGUAAAAAGGGCUAAGGUUCGGGAAAUUGUGGAGCUCAUUUGCUCCGGAAUUCAGCCGCUGCAAAAUAGCUCUGUCCUAGAGCUUAUAGGCAAGGAACAGAGUCUGAAAUGGGCCCAGCAUUGGAUAGCUCGAGGAUUUCAAGGUCUGGAGCAGGUGCUUUCCCAAUCGGCGGGAUGGUGCUGUGUGGGAGAUGAUCUGACAAUGGCUGAUAUUUGCCUAGUGCCACAAGUUCGCAAUGCCAGAAGAUACAAAGCUGACUUGGCACCAUAUCCAACUAUAAAUCGCUUAAAUGAAGACUUACAAGAACUGGAACUUUUUAGAUCCACUCAUCCCAGAACACAGCCAGGCUGUCCUCCGGAAUUUGCCAAAAAAUAGUUAAAGCUGAAACAAAUCAAUUGUUCAAGACAUUCUUAUCGCAUUUAUUUUUAAUUUUUUUAAUAAAAAGUUCUUUAUACCCGCUUUCCAAAUCAA